ACCAGGCCCGGCGAAGCCCCUCGGUUCCUGAUGUGACUCCUGGCCCUGGCUGGGCACUCGGAGCCAUGGCCGACACCAUCUUCGGCAGUGGGAACGACCAGUGGGUUUGCCCCAACGAUCGGCAGCUCGCCCUGCGAGCCAAGCUGCAGACGGGCUGGUCUGUGCACACCUACCAGACAGAGAAGCAAAGGAAGAGCCAGUGCCUCAGCCCAGCCGAGGUGGAGGCCAUCCUGCAGGUCAUCCAGAGGGCAGAGCGGCUGGAUGUCAUGGAGCAGCAGAGAAUCGGACGACUGGUGGAGCGACUGGAGACCAUGAGGCGGAACGUGAUGGGGAAUGGCCUUUCCCAGUGUCUGCUCUGUGGGGAGGUGCUGGGCUUCCUGGGAAGUUCAUCAGUGUUCUGCAAAGACUGCAGGAAGAAAGUCUGCACCAAAUGUGGGAUCGAGGCCUCCCCCGGCCAGAAGCGGCCUCUGUGGCUGUGUAAGAUCUGCAGUGAGCAGAGAGAGGUCUGGAAGAGGUCGGGGGCCUGGUUCUACAAAGGGCUCCCCAAGUACAUCCUGCCGCUGAAGACCCCUGGCCGGGCCAAUGACCCCCACUUCCGACCUUGGCCCAUGGAGCCCACUGAGCAAAAGCCCAGAAGCGCUGAGACUGGUCGUGUCUACACGUGGGCCCGAGGGAGAGUGGUUUCCAGUGACAGUGACAGUGACAGUGACUCGGAUCUCAGCUCCUCUAGCCUGGAGGACAGGCUUCUUCUGACGGGGGUCAGGGAACCCAAAGCUACCAAGCCCUGCGGGGAGGCAGGUGGCAGCAUGGGGUCUCCCAAGAUGGGCCCCACCUGCCGGCCCAGCCACCUCUUGGGGAGCCAGAACAGCCUGGCCAGUGAGACCGGGACCGGCUCUGCAGACCCACAGCCAGGCCCCCACCCUGGCCAGACCCAAAGAGCCCCGGCAAAAGGCACACCUGGGCAAUUCCCCGCUGCUGACAUGGCCUCCGAAGGCCCCGUCUGCCUGCCCUGGCAGAGACAUGUUUGGUGCAUGGAGCAGACUUUCCAGUGGAAGAGUUCGAGAGAGAAAGAAAACUGGGAGGGUCUGACCCUAGUAGACCCAGGUUUACUGCUGGCCAAGGGUGAACUAGAAGGAUUUGGUACUGAGGCCCCCAAGCCCAGCCAAAGGCUGGAGUGA